UUUAAUCAUUAAUAGUGAGACCUUUGGUGAACUUAGGUCCUGAUUUUGGAGUUUGGAUUCUGACCUUUCCCUAAAGAUAAACAUUAUUGUCGCAGGUUCUGAGGAGGGUCACUUCCUCACUGGCUGCCAUCGCAGAGUCCUCUUCUUGGUGACUCCUACCUGGCCCUGGACGCAGCAGGGUAGCUAGUCACUAUGAUUCUCCUCGCUGUGCUUUUCCUCUGCUUCAUUUCUUCAUAUUCAGCUUCUGUAAAAGGUCACACAACUGGUCUCUCAUUAAAUAAUGACCGGCUGUACAAGCUCACAUACUCCACUGAAGUUUUUCUCGAUCGAGGUAAAGGAAAACUGCAGGACGGCGUGGGCUACCGACUUUCAUCUGGUGUGGACGUUGUCUUACUGUGGAGGAAUCCUGACGGUGACGAUGACCAACUGAUCCAAAUCACGAUAAAGGAUGUACGUGUUGAAAAUGUGAAUCAGCAGAGAGGAGAGAAGAGCAUCUUCAAAGGAAAAAGUCCACCUAAAAUCAUAGGGAAGGAAAACUUGGAAGCUCUACAAAGACCUGUGCUCCUUCAUCUAGUCCACGGAAAGAUCAAAGAGUUUUACUCCUAUCAGAAUGAACCAGUGGCCAUAGAAAAUCUCAAGAGGGGCCUGGCUAGCCUAUUUCAGACCCAGUUAACUUCUGGAACCACCAAUGAGGUAGACAUCUCUGGGGAUUGUAAAGUGACCUACCAGGCUCAUCAAGACAAAGUGAUCAAAAUUAAGGCCCUGGAUUCAUGCAAAAUAGCAAGGUCUGGAUUUACAAUCCCAAAUCAGGUCUUGGGUGUCAGUUCCAAAGCCUCAUCCACCACCACCUAUAAGAUAGAAGACAGCUUCGUCAUAGCUGUGCUUGCAGAAGAAACACACAGUUUUGGGCUGAAUUUCCUACAAACCAUUACCGGGAAAAUAGUAUCAAAGCAGAGGCUGGAGCUGAAGACGACAGACGCCGGCCCGAGGCUGAGGUCUGGCAAGCAGGCGGCGGCCGUGGUCAGAGCCGUCGAUUCCAAGUACACGGCCCUUCCCGUCGUGGGGCAGGUCUUCCAGCGCGAGUGCAAAGGGUGCCCUUCUCUCCUGGAGCACUGGCAGUCCAUCAGGAAGGACCUGCAGCCUGCCAGCCUCUCCAAGGCUCAGGCCGUCAGAAACUUCCUGGCCUUCGUUCAGCAUCUCAGAACUGCAAAGAAAGAAGAGAUCCUUCAAGUCCUGAGGACAGAAAACAAGGAAGUGCUACCUCAGCUGGUGGACGCAGUCACCUCUGCCCAGACGCCGGACUCGUUAGAAGCCAUUCUGGACUUUCUAGAUUUCAAAAGUGACAGUAGUGUCAUCCUCCAGGAGCGCUUCCUCUACGCCUGUGGAUUUGCCUCUCAUCCCAACGAAGAACUGCUCAGAGCCCUCAUUAGUAAGUUCAAAGGCUCCUUUGGGAGCAAUGACAUCAGAGAAACUGUUAUGAUCGUCAUUGGGGCCCUUGUCAGGAAGCUGUGUCAGAAUGAAGGUUGCAAACUCAAAGCAGUGGUUGAAGCUAAGAAGUUAAUCUUGGGAGGACUAGAAAAAACAGAGAAGAAAGAGGACACCACGAUGUACCUGCUGGCUCUGAAGAAUGCCCUGCUUCCAGAAGGCAUCCCCCUUCUUCUGAAGUAUGCAGAAGCCGGAGAAGGGCCCGUCAGCCACCUUGCUACCACCGCUCUCCAGAGAUACGACGUCCCUUUCAUAACUGAUGAGGUGAAGAAGACCUUGAACAGGAUAUACCACCAGAAUCGUAAAAUUCAUGAGAAGACCGUGCGUACCACUGCAGCUGCUGUCAUUUUAAAUAACAAUCCAUCUUACAUGGACGUGAAAAACAUCCUGCUUUCUAUUGGGGAGCUGCCCAAAGAAAUGAAUAAAUACAUGCUCGCCCUUGUUCAAGACAUCUUACGCUUUGAAAUGCCUGCAAGCAAAAUGGUCCGCCGGGUUCUGAAGGAAAUGGUGGCUCACAACUAUGACCGGUUUUCCGGGACUGGAUCGUCCUCUGCCUAUACCGGCUACAUCCAACGUCAGCCCCAUUCGGCGUCUACCUACAGCCUGGACAUCCUUUACUCCGGCUCCGGCAUCCUGAGGAGGAGCAACCUCAACAUCUUCCAGCACGUCGGCACCAGCCUGCACGGCAGCCAGGUGGUCAUUGAAGCCCAAGGACUGGAGGCCUCAAUUGCAGCCACUCCCGACGAGGGGGAGGAGAACCUCAACUCCUUUGCCGGCAUGUCAGCCAUCCUCUUUGAUGUCCAGCUCAGACCUGUCACCUUUUUCAACGGAUACAGUGACUUGAUGUCCAAAAUGCUGUCUGUAUCUGGCGACCCCAUCAGCGUGGUGAAAGGGCUCAUCCUGCUAAUAGAUCAUUCUCAGGAGCUUCAGUUGCAAUCUGGAAUGAAGGCCAACAUCGAGGUCCAGGGUGGUCUAUCUAUUGAUAUCGCGGGUGCAAUGGAGUUCAGUCUGUGGUAUCGUGAGUCUAAGACCCGAGUGAAAAAUCGGGUGACCGUGGUGAUAACCGGUGACGUCACAGUGGACUCAUCCUUUGUGAAAGCCGGCCUGGAGGCCAGCGCGGAGACGGAAGCAGGCCUGGAGUUCAUCUCCACCGUGCAGUUCUCGCAGUACCCGUUCCUGAUCUGCAUGCAGAUGGACAGGGACGCCGCCCCGUUCAGGCAACUGGAGACAAAGUACGAAAGGCUGUCCACAGGUAGAGGUUACGUCUCCCGGAAAAGAAAAGAGCACCUAGUACCAGGAUGCGAAUUCCCGCUCCACCAAGAGAACUCUGAGAUGUGCAAAGUGGUGUUUGCCCCUCAGCCCGAGAGCUCGUCCAGUGGAUGGUUCUGAAACCGACCGGCGACAUUUCACUGGGGUUUGUCUCCCCAAAGGGAUGCGCCGUGACGAUGUGACAUGCCUAAGUACCUGCUCUCCGGGAGCACAGUGUUUACAUAUUUACCUGUAUUUAAGAUUUUUGUAAAAAGUUAUGGAAAACUUCGAUCGAUCAAAUUGGGGGCUACCCGGUACACCACUCACAGGGUCACUUUGAGUCGCCAAGUGACACCUUCAACAUUCUUAGUGUUCCUGUGCCUGUCUCAAAUCCCGCUUGGCACAGUGAGAAUGCUUCUGCUCCAAGAGGAAACCAGUGUUUGUUGAAAACAAAAACAAAACCACACACACUCGGGAGAACCCAAUUUUGUUUCUACAAUUUUCGAUGUAGAUGAAGCCCUUGAUAGGACUCUGAACAUGGCAAGAAAACCAAACCUGUCACCUAAUCAGAAAAAAACAGGCCACUUUUUUCUUUUGCUUUUUUUUUAUGGGGGCAGAAUUUGGGUUCUGGGGGUCAGGGGACGAGACUUUUGUUAGCCAGCCCCAAGAAGUAAUAUUUACGUCUUCCGUUAUUGUUAGUUUUAUUAAGCACUAAGGUAGAAGG